AGUUUCGUGAUGUUAUGUAGCAUUCUUCUUAGAACAAAAGUCCCGUUUUAUUGUCCUAGUUUCUCCAAAACAAAAUCAGUGGCACUGAGAAUCUCGGACAUAGAAGUAUCGUCAAUUUUGGUCUAUUGAUUGUUGAACUACGAGCGCAUGUGUCUUCCCCGUGAUUGAGUUCCUUAACUGACUCCAAAAGUGGAUCGAAAUGGAUGCUAUUACUCCAGACGAAACUAGUGACAAAAAGAAACUAACGUUAAUAGAGUUUAAGAAAAGGAUUCAGGAUUGCAAAUUGAUUGAUCAAAGAGAUGAAUUCAUUCAAAAAUGGCUUGUCGCCCGAUCUUACAAUAUAAACGAAGCAGAAAAAAUGCUUAGGGCAUCAUUGGCAUGGCGAGAAACGAACGGAGUUGAUGAUGUCUUAAAAUGGACUCCACCUGAAGUAAUCCAAAAAUAUGUAUCAUAUGGAAAGAUUGGCCAUGAUAAAUUUGACUGUCCCCUUUAUAUUAGUCUUCAAGGUCGGAUAGACUACCGAGGAAUUCUGCAAUCGGUCACCAGAAAAGAAUACAUGAAAUUCCACAACUACAAUCAAGAAAAAUUGAUGCAGGAUAUGCGAGAAGAAUGCUUGCGCACAGGAAAAAACGUUGCUUACCAAUCAUCGCUGAUCAUCGAUGUGGAAGGCCUUUCAAUGAGGCAAAUUGUAUGCAAAUCAGCUGUGGACGUAGGUACUGAGGCAGCUAAAGUGAACGUUUUGAAUUAUCCUGAAAUUGUUCGUCGAAUAUUCGUCAUCAAUGCUCCGAAGUUGUUUACGGUCAUCUACAACAUUUUAAAACCAUUUGUGGCGCAAGAAACCCAAGCAAAAAUGAGAAUUUUCGGUUGUAAUAAAGAAGAAUGGAAGGCCGCUUUACUUGAGGAAAUCGAUGCCGAUCAGUUGCCCGCAUUCUAUGGUGGCACGAUGGUCGAUCCUGACGGUGAUCCAAAAUGUCCUAGCAAGUUCAACUUUGGCGGAGAGGUCCCUCAUUCAUAUUACCUGAGCAACAGCGCACCUGUGGCUAAAGAUUACAUGGAAACCAUAAAUAUCGGAGCAGGCGGAUCGAAAAAGCUGCAAUACAAAAUUGAUGUCGCAAAUUCAAUUUUGAGGUGGGAAUUUAUGACUGAGGGAGGAGACAUCGGCUUCAGAGUCUAUUACAAGAGUUCCGAUAAAGACACAGAUGACUUGGUACCUUUGAGCAGAAUUGAAAGUCACCUGAUCAUGGAAGAAGGCGAAUUCAUUUGCGCGAAUCCGGGUCAAUACGUGGUGAUGUUUGACAACACUUUUAGCCUCUUACGUUCCAAGAAACUUCGUUACCACAUCGUUGUCGAUCCUCCUGUUUCUGCAAGUCUAACAGUUGUCGGAUAAGAAAACAAAAUUACGUUUGUAUACGCUUCAGCUCAAGUAUUUCCCAAUUAAUUAAUAAACAAAUAGGAGUCAAA